AUGAACAUUCCGCGGGAGGGACACCCAGGUGUUCGAAGGAGAAGCACAAGGGAGGGUGUUCGUAACCGGGGACACACAGCAGUAGGGGGUGUUCGCAGCGUGGGACACAUAGUAGUAGGGGGUGCUCGCAACUUGGGACACACAGUAGCAGGGGGUGCUCCUAACUUGGGACACACAGUAGCAGGGGGUGCUCCUAACUUGGGACUUGAUCAAAAACUUUUAAUUAUUUUGAAAUGA